AUCAGCAAGAGGAGGGCAACAUGUCAGAACGAUGCCGUCCUCCUGGCUGUUCCUGUUAAGUGCACUCCUUCAAAGGAGACUCACUAAAGAAGAGGGAAUCCUAUUAAUGCUUGAAUAAGAAGGCAGCACAGUGGCAUCUCUGCCAAAAAGAGAAUAAGCACUGGAGUACCAUCAUGGAUUCAGGAGUAUGUGUUCUCGAGCUUCUUGGUGUCUUCUUUUCUUUAAGCGCCUGGCUCUUCUCACUGACCACCACUUUGUUGUCCCAGUGGCUCACACUGUCCACUGAUCUUCUACCUGCCGAGAGCUACGAGCUGGGAUUGUGGGGGACAUGUGUGGUGCAGGAGUUGGGUAUUCUGGAGUGCCGGCCGUAUGACAGCCUCCUCGGACUCCCACCGGAUAUCCGCUUGGCUCGAAUCCUUAUGUGUGCCACCUUGGCUACCGGUUUAAUGGGAAUAUCUUUUGCAAUCCCAGGUAUCUACCUGGUCAACGGCUGUAAAGGGACCGAGACAAUGAGAGAGAAGAGGACGCUAAAGAUAAUGGGGGGAGUGCUUUGCUUUGCUGCAGGAAUCAUGGGUUUGGUUCCCGUGUCCUAUGUAGCCCACCUGACUGUUUUGAGAUUCUUUGAUGAGUCAGUUCCUGAUGUGGUUCCACGCUGGGAGUUUGGUCAGGCACUGUUCUGGGGAUGGACUGCAGCGUUUUUGCACAUUGUCGCUGGAUCAUUGCUAAUUACCUCUUGCAUCUGGCUGCAAAAUGUGCCUUGUCCACUGCCAGAGGCUCUGCCACUUCAAGGAGGACAUGUCAGUCCUAAACUUUCUCCAGCGAGGAGGACAGAAUAUGUUUAAUAAGUGUUAGUCUUUUAAAUGUUAUAUUCCCAAUAACCACAUACAACUAAACCACAGAGAGAUUAUUUUAGUGAAAUGGAAACUGCACUGUAUGUGUUGUGCAAAAUUACAGGAUGCUGCUCUUUAAAUUUUUUUUAACAAAGGUAAUUUCUUCUCUUUUUUUAGCAUUUUUGUUUCAUACUCUGCACAAAGAAUACUGAUAUGAAUCAGUGUCAACAAUAUAAAGUGUUUCAAACAUAUUGUUUAUAAGUUUUCAUGAAUUUUUCAU